CUAAAACCCUAUGAUUUAUCAUAUCAUCAUUUUCAAACUUCGGACUAGAGAGGGUGUUUUCAAUGGCAGACGAAGUGACCAAGAGGUAUGCAGUUGUCACCGGGGCAAAUAAGGGUAUUGGACUUGAAAUAUGUAAGCAAUUAGCUCAAAAUGGGAUCACGGUGGUAUUAACUGCUAGAGAUGAGAAAAGAGGUCUUGAAGCUCUUGAAAGUCUACAACACUCUGGUCUCUCAGAUUAUCUAAUUUUUCACCAGCUCGAUGUAACAGACCCUGAAAGCAUUGCUUCUCUGGCAGAUUUUGUGAAGAAGCAAUUUGGGAAGUUGGAUAUCUUGGUUAACAAUGCUGGGGUUUAUAGUGCAACCUUUUUGUUUACUCCUGGUACUACGGUAAAGUUGAGUGAUUUACCGAGUAAAGUGACUGAAGGCAAUUACGAGUUAUCCGAAGAAUGCCUAAAAAUAAACUAUUAUGGCGCCAAAAGAACUGCCGAAGCACUUAUUUCAUUGCUGCAACUAUCCGACUUACCAAGGAUCGUAAAUGUUUCCUCCUCUGCAGUCAUGCUGGAGGGUAAAUGUGAGAAGCUUAAAGGAGUGUUAACAGGUGUUACAACAGAGGAGAAACUGAAUGACUUGAUAACCGAGUAUCUAAAAGAUUUUAAGGAGGGCUUACAUGGAAGUAAAGGAUGGCCAGCCGUCGCCUCUGCCUAUACUGUCUCAAAAGUAGCACUUAAUGCCUACACAAGGAUUCUGGCAAACAAGUACCCAGAUUUCUGCAUCAACUCUGUUUGCCCAGGAUACGCCAAAACUGAUAUAAACCUCAACGCUGGUAUCAUAACUGCUGAAGAAGCUGCUGUGACUCCCGUUAAGUUGGCACUGUUGCCUAAAGGUGGCCCUUCUGGUCUCUUUUUUGUGAAGGGUGAGCCUGCAACUCCGGAACCUUGAUGAUCAACACCAGGACGACGGCAACAAUGCAAUCUCAACUUAGAUGAAAUGCAGCAAUAAAAUGAAAAUAAAUUCUCACUUUAUGUGGAUCAAUUAUACUAGUGUGUGGUUUAGUUCGUUAUUUUUCACGUUAUAUAUGAAAUUUUGUGUUAUAAGUUGUAUUAUGGGAAUGGACCAACUUUUAAACCUAAACAUAUAUAUGGCAGUAUUGGUUUUAGUUUCUCCAUUAAAA